AUGGCUCACUCGCCGCCGGCCUCCCCAAUACACCUGCCUCAACGGCCCCUGAGCGCCAUCGCCAGACCUCCGCCCAGGUGUCCCAGCAGGAUGAGCAUCAGCAGCAAGCCCGGCAGCGGCAGUCGCGCUUCAGACGACGACAGUCGCACCGCUGUCAAAGUUGCUGUCCGCAUACGCCCGCCCCUCAACCCCUCCGACCCCGGCUACGACCUGAUCCCCCAGCGAUUCCAACGCUCCAUGGUCCAGACCAUGUCCAACACGAGCCUGUCCAUCGAGUCUCCCCAGGGUCGAAAGCUCUUCGUCUUCGACCGCGUUUUCAGCCCCGAUGUCAUGCAGAAUGGUAUCUGGGACUACCUCGCCGACUCUGUCAGUGCCUUCACCCAGGGCUACAAUGUCUCUCUCCUCGCCUAUGGCCAGUCGGGCGCCGGCAAGUCGUAUACCAUGGGCACGUCGGGGCCCAGCGAGCAGCAGGAUGCCGAAAUGAUGGGCGUCAUCCCUCGAGCCGCCGCUGCCCUCUUCGACAAGCUCAACAUGUCUCGCAGCGGAACAAACCCUAACAGAGCAUCAGCUACCUACGUCGAAAUCUAUAACGAGCAGCUGCGCGACCUCCUCGUUCCCGAUACCUCGGUGGCUUACGAGCGUGGUAAUGUCGCGAUACGUGAGGACGCCAAGGGAAACAUUAUCCUCACCGGCCUGCACCAGGUCGACAUCGACUCGGUAGACGACUUGAUGAACGCCCUCAAUUUCGGUUCCACCAUCCGGCAGACUGACGCCACCGCGAUCAACGCCAAGUCAUCUCGCUCCCACGCCGUCUUCUCCCUCAACCUGGUCCAGCGCAGGAGCCAGCUUCAUACGUCAAACAGCGCCGAGAAGCGCUUCUCGCUGCACUUUGUCGACCUGGCGGGCAGCGAGCGGCUCAAAAACACCGGUGCCCAGGGCGAGCGUGCCAAGGAGGGAAUAUCCAUCAACGCCGGCCUGGCCUCGUUGGGCAAGGAUUCUCUCGGAGGCAACGCCAUCACCUACAUGAUUGCCUGUGUCACCCCCGCCGAGUUUCACUUGAGCGAGACGCUCAACACGGUCCAGUAUGCGCAACGGGCCCGCGCAAUCCAGUCCAAGCCACGCAUCCAGCAAGUAGAAGAAGGCGACAAGCAGGCCGUCAUCGAUCGACUGCGAGCCGAGGUCUCCUUUCUCCGCGAACAAAUACGAAGCGCCUCUGUUGGCGGCGGCAGCAGUCCUCGCCGCGUAUCUGGAGCCACGAACGACCGAUCGGACCGACAGAAUGAGCGCGAGGUCGAGCUGCAGAACCAACUCCUUGACGUGCAAGAAAACUAUAAUGCCCUGAGCCAGCGCCACGCCAUGCUCAUCACGGAAAUGGCUAAGGCCAGGGAACACGAGUCGGAAGAGACUGGCGGCAAAUCUGGAGAUUUCCACGGCGACAGUGCCACGGACCGUCUCAACCGCUCCAAUUACUUUGCUCAAGCCGUGGAGCAGGUUGUUCUGGAGUACGAAAAGACGAUUCAGUCUCUGGAGCAAUCCCUGUCCAACACGCGUGCCACGCUUUCAAACACGGAGACGAGUCUACUCGAGAAGGAGACAAAAUGCGCCUAUGUCGAGACCAUCAACAAUCAGCUCCAGUCUCGCCUGCAGAAACUCAUGGACCGCGAGGCAAGCACCGAAAACUACCUUCACGACCUCGAGGCCAAGCUGGACGGGCACACCAGUGGGGAGGAGAAGAACGCGACAAUCAUCAUGGAGCUCCGGAAAGAGAUUGCCCGAGUACGCGAAAGCGAGGCCUCAUGUGAGGACUACAUUUCCACCCUGGAGGAGCGCUUGGCCGAGGCAGACCAGGAUGCAGAGCUCAUGCAACGCGAAAUCGAUCGACUGGAGCAAGUGAUUGAGCGCCAACGAAGCCUGGGGAAGCUCGAUGCGCUUCUUCAUGAGCUUGACCAUGUCGACGGCGCAGGAAAGCCAAAGCUAGGCAGCACAGACGGUUUCUCGCUCGCUACUCGACAGGUCGACCCCCCCCUGCAAGAUCAGUCGCACGGCAGCCACCAGGGUCAAGUGGGUAGCCCGAUUCCCGAGGACGAUGAACGCGGAGGCGAUGGCGCCGAGGCCAAGUCCAGCUUGACCAUUGGGGAGGCCACCGACGGGGAUAGUCUGGCCAACGACAGAGCCGCCCCUGGCGGCCAAGUCGAUGGCGACGAUGCCGCGCAGAGCCCCGCCCAGUCGAGGUUGGUCGCGGACAAGCUGGAGAGCGUUACUCAGGAGCUCAUCGGCCUUCGGGUCGAGCACGAGACGACCAUGAAUGACCUUCAUGAGCUGCAUGCCAAGUACGAGGAGGCGAUGCGGAGCCUUGCAGAUCUUCAGCAGGACGCCGCGGACGAGGCUCGCCACCCUCCCCGCGUUCGAGAUUCGGUCCUUUCGGCCGGCUCCGAAGCCGGGCCGGAUGGACCCCGAUCCUCGGCCUCGCGGUCCCUGUCUUCGGAACUGUCCUCGGCCGUAGAGUCCUCCGCCUCAGCCGAUACGGAUGCGACGUCGGAGGACGACACGGCCACGGCCAAGCCUGCGGUAUCAACCGAAGAUUUGACGCAGCAGCCACAAGACGACGCGCUCAAGGCAGAGCUUCAACGGCUGCGGUCAUUGGCUGGGGAGAAGGAGGCGGCAGAGAAGGAGCUGGCGACCAAGUACGCUCAGCUCGAGUCGCAGCACAACGAGACCCUGGACAUGGUCGAAGAGCUCAAGACGGAGGUAUCCAAGGCCAGGGCCGUUGAGGCAACUUCGCCGAGGCAGUCGACGCCCGUCAUCCGCCGCAAGUCGAGCCAAAACGUCAUGAUCAUCGACCGCGCUCACCGAUCCUUUGCGUCUCUGCGCAACAUUGCGACGGAAAACUUCGAGGGUCAGCCCGAAGUCAUGCAAAACUUUGAGCUGAAUCUCAACGCCGCGAUUCACGAGCUUCACUCGCGCAGCGAACGAAUCCAGGAGCUCGAGGCAAACGUCGCGUCGGCUAAGAAGGAGAUGGAGACUAAGAUGACCAUCAUUUCGGGGCUCACACAGAAGCUAGAGAAGAACGAAAUGCAGCUGCACGAGAUGCGGGAAGCACAUGCCGCUCGAGAAAAGGAGCUUGCCGCGGAGCUGGAGAAGCUGCGCGGUUCUUUGGAGGAAGCUUCGACAAGCAAGAAAAGAGACAAGGCGUCUGCUCGAGCUGACGAGGAAUCCGGGCUGAAAUACGAGGGCAAGAUUGGCAAGCUUCAGUCCGAACUGACAGGCUGGGAGAACAAGCACAGGACGAUUCUCAACUUGAUGCAGGCGACGGAGAUGGAACUCCGCCAUACCGUACAACAGCUCGAGGCGCAGGUUGUGACGUUGAACGCCAAUCUCGUCGAUUCGCAGGCCAGGGCCAGCGUGGACGGCAGCGAGGCGGCGAAGGAAGCCGAACAGAAACAUCGCAACCUGGUCAACUUCCUGCGCACCGAAAUCGACGAGUACAAGGCCGUCAUGAGCAGCAAUGCAACCAAGGUUACCGAGCUCGAAAGCUCCCACGCAACUGCCCGGGGCGAGGUGGAGGAGAUGACGAAGGCUCACAGUGAAGCCGCCAAGGAGGCUUCCCGGUAUCGGGAGCUAGUGGCUGAACUCGAAGCCAAAGUUGCCUCCCAUGGCGAAGCGACAAGAGCUCACCACGAGGCCUUGGAGCAGCUCAAGUCCGGCCACGCCAAGGAACUGGCCGAGCUCCAGUCUCGCGAGCAAAAGGGGUACGAGGAGCAAGUGGAAGUCCUCAUGUCGGAGCACGCCGAAUCUGUCCAUAAACUGGAGUCUGAACUCUCCGGGGCCAGGGAGGAGCUCAUGCAAAUCGCCACAAAGGUUGCUGUCGCUCUGGGACUUGGAGUCAGUGUCGACACGUUGACGGACCAGAUCGAGCUUCUUGUUGCAGCCCAUAAGGCCGACGCUGACGAGCAGCGCAAAGCCGGCGAGGUUCAAGAGCGAGUGGCACGACUGACGCAUGCCAACGAGAGUACUGUGCGCGACCUCGAGACGGCCAAGACGGUUCUGAGCGACAUGCUUGCCGAAGAGGACUCUGGCGCAGCCUCGUCCAUUGCAGAUCAGUUGUCUGCUGUCAAGGGUAGAAUGUCCGACCUUGAGUUCAAGAAUAAGAAGAACAGCCGCCUGGUCGAGGAGCUCGAGGAACAGCUGCAAAACAACUUCGAUGAGGUGCAAAUCACCAACAAUCGCCUGAGCACACUUCAGACGGAACGCAACGUGCAGCUAGAGGAGGUGACGGCAGCGCGUGCAAAACUUCAGGCGGAAUUGGACUCUGUCCGAGACGAGUACAAUUCUCUCCAGGCAAAGUACCACGAGGCCAUUGGGUCUGGAGACGUCAACCGAUCAAACUCCAACUCGACAAUCCGCAAGAGCGCGUCUCACGCCGCUCUGCCCUCGCCGCCGCCAGCCAUCCCUCUACCACCGCUGCCCAGCGCCGCCAGGAGCGGUUCCCCGACCAGCGGCGUCCCCACGUCGCCGACAUCGGGUCGGACUCCCAGCAAGGAGGGCAUCAGCAUUGCUCAAAUCACCGAAGAUCAAGAGGCGCGCAUUCGGACGAUCGAGAAGCAUCUCUACGCAGAACGGCAGCUGACGCAGACGUUGGAAGAAGCCCUGACGGACUUGGAGAGACAGUCGAAAAGAUCCAAGGCCGACUGCGACGCCUGGAAGAAGCGCGCUCACGAGCUCGAGGGCGAAGUCAAGGAGUUGAAGGAGCGACCCAUGGAGGCGCCGCAGGACAACCGCUGGAGCUUGCACGCGGUGGAAGAGGAGCGCAAGAAGCGACAGGCGGCGGAGGCAGCGCGCAAGCAGCUGGAGGAAAGAAUGAAUGCCAUCAACAAGGGGAAGAAGAAGAAAGGCAGUCUCAACUGCUUCUAG